CCUUUUUAAGUUUGGUUUAUCAAAAAUUAAUAAUGCAACUUUUAAAUAUAUAUGGUUUACGAAAUGAUGGUAGAAAACCAGAAGAAUUAAGAAAAAUUAGGUGUGAGAUUGGUUUAAAUAAACAAGCCAAUGGCUCUGCUUAUUAUCAAAUGGGGAAUACAAAAAUUUUAGCAACAGUAUAUGGACCACAUCAGAUAUUCUCAAAACAACCAAUAUCAAAUGAAUCUGUUAUCAUUAAUUGCCAAAUCAGUUGUGCUUCUUUUAGUAAUAAUUCAAAACCUAAAAAAGGUAAAUCAAAUCAAAGUCAUUUUGAGAUUACUCAAAUAUUGCAAAAGUCAUUGGAAUCUGUUAUAAUGGUUCAUCUUCUGCCAAAAUGUCAAAUCGAUAUUUUUAUAGAAAUUUUACAAAUGGACGGAAGUGUAUUAUCGUCUUGUGUCAAUGCCUCGACCUUAGCCCUAGCCGAUGCCGGUAUUCCCAUGUCCCAUAUGCUAGUCUCUUGUACCUUGGGAAUUUCUUGUGCUUCGAAUAUUUCAACGGGCCAACAAAAGUUCCAAUGUUCUUUGGAAAUCCCCGAACACUAUACAGAAAACAUGGAGGGGAACAUAUUUCUGAUAGAUCUUAAUGGCUCUGAGGACUCUGGCAUGGUAAGCGGCAAUGUUAGGAACAACAAUAACCUGCCAGGUAUGUGUUUGAUAGCUAAGGUCAAGCAAAGUUCAGAAACCGACUCUACCAAUACCCUUAGUUGCGAAUUAGUCGCCUUAGAAAUUUAUCACAGAAUACCUUUUCAAGUUAUAGAAGCCGCCCAAGAAUCCGCUAAUUUAGCUUGCCAAAAGAUUUAUACCUUACUAAACGAAAGUUGUAAAUACAACUACGUGGUUAAUUAUCCCGAAAAAUUUGCGACUUAAUUUAUUAUCAUUACAAAUAAUAUUUUUAAAAAAAAUGUUUAAUGAAACGUUUGUUUGAUUAUUUUUAGAAGGAAGCAUUU